AUGGCUGCACCAGACGCCCCCGACACCCCAUGGCAUGCAGCUUACCCCGCUCCCACAUCCGAGGUCGAAGCUCUUCCCCGCCAGGAAUUGUUGCGCUGGAUCCGGGAGGGGAAGCUGGCUGGUAGGGAUUAUGUGUUGGUGGAUGUAAGACGUACCGAUUUCGAGGGUGGUACUAUUCGUGGCUCGAUUAAUCUGCCAGCUCAGAGUUUGUAUCCUACCCGCCCGGCAUUGUAUACUCUUUUCGCGAGUAGUGGCGUGGAACAUGUUAUUUGGUAUUGCGGCUCUUGUAGAGGGAGGGGUCCGAGGGCUGCGGCGUGGUUUAAGGAUUAUUUGAUGGAACAGGGAGAUUCGCGUAUGAAGAGUAUGAUUCUUGAAGGGGGGAUUAAAGGAUGGGUUGCGGCUGGAACUGAGUAUGUUGAGUUGAUGGAUGAGUAUGAUGCUAGUGUGUGGACGAAGUAG